CAGAGCCGCGCCUCCCCGUCCGUCCGUGCGUCCGUGCGUCCGUCCGGCACCAUGCCCGCCGUGGACAAACUCCUGCUAGAGGAGGCCCUGCAGGACAGCCCCCAGACUCGCUCUCUGCUGAGUGUGUUUGAGGAAGAUGCGGGCACCCUCACGGAAUACACCAACCAGCUGCUCCAGGCCAUGCAGCGCUUCUACGGAGCCCAGAAUGAAAUGUGCCUGGCCACUCAACAGCUCUCUAAGCAGCUGCUGGCAUAUGAAAAACAGAAUUUUGCUCUUGGCAAAGGUGACGAAGAAGUCAUUUCUACUCUCCACUAUUUUUCCAAAGUGGUGGAUAAGCUUAACGUUCUCCACACAGAGCUAGCUGAGCAGCUGGCGGACACAAUGGUCCUUCCCAUCAUACAGUUUCGAGAGAAGGAUCUCACAGAAGUAAGCACUUUAAAGGACCUUUUCGGACUGGCCAGCAAUGAGCACGACCUCGCCAUGGCGAAAUACAGCAGGCUGCCUAAGAAGAAGGAGAACGAGAAGGUGAAGAGCGAGGUGGUGAAGGAGGUGGCGGCCGCGCGGCGGAAGCAGCAUCUCUCGGCCCUGCAGUACUACUGCGCCCUCAACGCCCUGCAGUACUCCAAGCGCAUGGCCAUGAUGCAGCCCAUCAUCGGCUUUGCCCGAGGGCAGAUCGACUUUUUCAAGAAGGGAGCCGAGAUGUUUUCCCCAAGUCUGGACAGCUUCCUGUCCUCCGUCCCUGGCAUGGUGCACAGCAUCCAGAUGGAGCUGGACGCCGAGGCAGAGAAGAUGAUGGUGUCGCAGCAGGAAUUCCUGUCCGUGGAGGAUUCCGCGUACAUGCCCGACGCAGAUGUAUCUGCACCCCAGAUCAACAGGAACCUCAUCCAGAAGGCGGGGUACCUGAAUCUCAGGAACAAGACGGGACUGGUGAGCACCAGCUGGGAACGGCUGUACUUCUUCACACAAGGCGGGAACCUCAUGUGCCAGCCGCGGGGCGCCGUGGCCGGGGGCCUGAUCCAGGACCUGGACAACUGCUCGGUGAUGGCGGUGGACUGCGAGGACCGGCGCUACUGCUUCCAGAUCAGCACGCCCAGUGGGAAGCCGGGCAUCAUCCUCCAGGCCGAAAGCAAGAAAGAGAACGAAGAGUGGAUCUGCGCCAUCAACAACAUCUCCAGACAGAUCUACCUGACCGACAACCCUGAGGCUGUCGCCAUCAGGCUGAAUCAGACGGCCCUCCAGGCGGUCACUCCCAUCACCAGUUUGGAGAAAAAGCAAGAAGGCCUAUGCCCCAGCCAGACCCCAAAGCAUUCCGAGGUGAGCAAUGACAAGAAGGUUCCCCAGGCCGCAGCCAGCGUGCCUGAAACUGAACAGCUGAUUGCCCCCGGGACCCCCAUUCAGUUCGACAUCGUACUCCCUGCCACGGAGUUCCUGGACCAGAACCGUGGGAGCAGACGCACCAACCCUUUCGGGGAGACGGAGGACGACACGUUCCCCGAGGCCGAAGAUUCGCUCUUGCAGCAGAUGUUCAUAGUCCGGUUUUUGGGAUCGAUGGAAGUUAAAACGGACAACACGACGGAAGUGAUUUACGAAGCCAUGCGACAGGUGUUGGCGGCUCGGGCUAUUCACAACAUCUUCCGGAUGACAGAAUCCCACAUGAUGGUCACCAGUCAGACACUGAGGUUGAUAGAUCCACAGACUCAGGUGACAAGAGCCAAUUUUGAACUGACCAGUGUCACCCAGUUUGCUGCUCAUCAAGAAAACAAGAGACUGGUUGGUUUCGUAGUCCGCAUGCCAGAAUCCACGGGUGGCGCAUCUCUGAGCACUUACGUCUUUGAAAGCAACUCAGAAGGCGAAAAGAUCUGCUAUGCAAUCAAUUUGGGAAAAGAAAUUAUCGAGGUGCAGAAGGAUCCAGAAGCACUGGCCCAGUUAAUGCUCUCCGUGCCACUAACCAAUGACGGAAAAUAUGUACUGUUAAACGAUCAAGCAGAGGACAAUGACGGAAGUCCGAGUGAGAAUAGAGGCGCAGAAUCUGAAGCCUAAACUCUCUGGCGCCACUGGGGGAAGAGCACCCAGGAGGGCGAGCCGCCUCCUUACGGGUUUCCAACUUCUCUGACACACAGGCCCACACCCUGCCCUCCGACUGCUGACAGUCGCUUGUGGAAUAUACUGCUCCAUUCCUCCACACUGACCCUUGGG